UCGCUGCGGGCGGGCCUAGUCUCUCGGUCGGUCUCUUCUUCGAGUAUACCGCAGCGCGGUGACAUUUGAGGUGCACGUGCGUGAAAUCGCUGGCUGCACGCGCGCCUUUUUCCAGUGAAAAGUGACAUUCUACCGCGGAAAAGUGCAACCGUUAAUUUCCCAUCCCGGCACUCGCGAUAAAUGUUACGGUGAGUGGUGAUGAAGUGCGCCUUUCUGCAGGGAUAUGCUUUUUUGAAACAGAUGAAAAAUGGAGCAAUUGUUACAUGACAGAGAUAGAGUGGGGGUUCAGGAUGCAGUUCUUCUGGAGGACUAUACAAACGAGGAUGUUUUUGUAGAUAAUUUACGUAAAAGAUUCAACGAGGAUGUUAUUUACACAUAUAUUGGCCCAGUGCUUAUAUCGGUGAACCCUUACAGAGAACUGAAUAUUUAUGGGCCGAAGACUGUUAAGGAAUACGACAAUAAACAUUUCUUUGAAGUUCCACCCCACAUAUUUGCCAUCACUGACACAGCAUAUAGAUCACUCAAGGAAGAAAAUAGAGAUCAGUGUAUAUUAAUUUCAGGAGAAUCUGGUUCGGGGAAGACCGAAGCCUCCAAAAAGGUCCUCUAUUACAUAGCAGAAGUGACAGACCAUAGGGGAGAAGUAGAGAAGGUGAAAGACAAGCUGCUGUUCUCGAACCCAAUUUUAGAAGCCUUCGGAAAUGCCAAAACGACGCGCAACGACAAUUCCAGCCGAUUCGGAAAGUAUAUGGACAUCCAGUUCAACUUUGAGGGAAAUCCCGUCGGAGGAAAUAUUUUGAAUUAUCUCUUGGAAAAAUCCAGGGUGAUUAGUCAAGUACCAGGGGAAAGGAAUUUCCAUAUAUUCUACCAACUGUUGUCCGGAGCUGGAGAGGAGCAGCUGAGGGAAUUGCAUUUGGGAAGGAACCAUUCCUCUUACUAUUAUUUAUCGAACGAGGGCAAUGGAGUCACGAAUGGGAUAAAUGAUCAUAAUGAUUUCAGCGAAGUUAGGAAAGCACUGUCAACUUUGGAGUUCUCGCAAAAAGAACAGGCUGAUAUGUUUUCCAUCGUUUCGGCCAUUUUACACUUGGGCAAUGUUGGAUUUUCCGAAGAGGAAGGUGUAUCGGUCAUUCUCAAACCAGAAAUUGUUGGAACUGUGAGCAAGCUGCUGAGCUGCGACGAAGAAGAGCUCAACCUGGCUCUGAAACAACGAACCAUAGAAACAAUCAGAGACGUGGUAACCAGCCCUCUGAACAGAGAACUUUCGGUAUACGCUAGAGAUGCUCUGGCUAAAGCCGUUUACGGAAGGUUAUUCAGCUGGUUGGUCAAAAGAAUAAACGACUCGCUUCAGCCGCACAAUGGAAGGAAGAAUGUUGUCAUGGGUAUCUUGGAUAUCUACGGAUUCGAAAUAUUUGAGAGGAACAGUUUUGAACAACUCUGCAUCAAUUAUUGUAACGAAAAACUACAGCAGCUUUUUAUAGAUUUGACUUUAAAAUCGGAACAGGACGAAUACGAGAAAGAGGGAAUCAUUUGGCAACAUAUUGACUACUUCGAUAACAAAAUAAUAUGCGAUUUGAUCGAAGAAAAACACAAAGGAAUGGUUGCUUUCAUGGAUGAAGAAUGUUUGAGGCCAGGAGAACCAAGUGACACCACCUUGUUAGCUAAGCUGAAUACCCAUCUCAGUCACCAUCCACAUUACAUCAGUCACGAGAAAGCAGACUUGAAGCUGCAGAAAACAAUGGGAAGAGACGAAUUCCGACUCGUCCACUAUGCUGGCGCUGUGAAUUACAAAAUAGGCUCGUUUAUAGAAAAAAAUAACGACCUUUUGUUCCGCGAUCUCCGCGAAGCGAUGGUCAAUUCGAAGAACAGUAUUAUACAGUCUGUCUUUUUGGAGUCGGAGCAGAAGAGUAAGAAAAGGCCCGAAACGGCGAUAACGCAGUUCAAAACUUCAGUGAAUAACCUCAUGACUAUUUUGAAGGACAAGGAGCCCUCUUACAUCAGGUGUAUCAAGCCAAAUGACUCAAAGAGAUCAGGUCAUUUUGACACUGAUCUCGUAACAAAUCAAAUCAGAUAUUUGGGUUUGAUGGAAAACCUGCGAGUCAGGAGAGCUGGAUUUGCCUACCGCCGCAACUACGAGCAAUUCCUACACAGAUACAAAUGUUUAUCAAAUGAGACGUGGCCGAACUAUCGUGGAAAUGCUAAAGAAGGCGUCCAAAUACUUGUGAAUUACCUGGGCUACAGCCAGGAAGAAUACCAGAUGGGAAAGACAAAAAUUUUCAUCAGACAUCCCAGAACCCUCUUCCGAACAGAAGAUGCCUUCCAACUGAAGAAGCAUGAGAUCGCGUCGAUAAUUCAGGCUUCUUGGAAAGGCUUGCUUCAGAGGAGGAAAUAUUUGAAGAUGAGAGAAUCGGCUAUCGUUAUGCAGAAAUAUUUCAGAAGAUUCCUCGCUAUUCGCCUAGCAGAAAGGAGAAGAAAGGCUGCUGUCGCUAUUAGAAAGUUCAUCAAGGGCUUCAUCACAAGAAACGGUCCACCGACAGAAGAAAACAAAAAGUUCAUUCGUCUGGCCAAAAUUCACUGGUUGAACAGGUUAUCCAAGAGCCUUCCGAAACACAUCCUUCAUCGAAACGAUUGGCCAACAUGCCCCAACGUUUGCAAGGAAGCUUCCGAACAUUUGAAAAAAAUGUAUGCCAGCCAUUUAUCGAGGGUUUAUCGGCUGAAACUCACCCCGGAAAUGAAGCGACAACUGGACCUCAAAGUCCUGGCGGAAAGUGUAUUCAAAGGUAAAAAGAAAUCUUACGAAGAAUCAGUACCCAAUAUGUUUUUAUUCGACAGAGUGCCUGAAUCGAGUUUUGCCCUCAAAGAGAUGUAUUUGACGCAACUUAACGGAGAUAAAGAAGUUUAUGCAACCAGCGUGAUUAAGUAUGACCGACAUGGCUACAAGCCUAGGGAACGCAUAAUGGUAAUCACCCAUCAAAACUUACACCUGCUUGAAUGUAAAGGAUCGCUGAAACAAAAGCACUGCCUGCCUCUCAAAGAGCUGCGUUUCGUCAUAACACCCGAGAAAGAUAAACUGCUCCUCGUCCAAAUUCCCGAAGAUUUAAUCAAGAAAGACAAGGGAGACCUGAUCCUGGAAGUUCCAAACGUGAUAGAAGUCUUGACGAUGAUUAUAGAUACAACGAAUGAUCGAAGUCUGCUGAUGAUUAUCGAUAAGUCACAAAUUGAUCACAAUAUGAAGGGAAAACAUGGUACAAUUGACAUUCAACACGGGGAUGUUCCAAAAAUCCAUAGAGACAAAAGUGGCCAUUUAUUGAUAGUUGUCUCGCCAUGAGGUUCGCAAGUUCAAGACUACAGUUACAGGAGUGAUUGCUUAUGGAAUAAAUUGUGUGCCAUUCCUUCUUUGUUGAGAAAAUGUUUUCAUAUUUAAUAUAUUUACAUGUUUUUGCUAAUUUUAUUUAAACUUGAAAUAUUUGACAGUUAUGUAAAUAAAAUUUUUAACCAUUUCAAUAUGAUUUAUCUCCAUGUGGAAUUUGAAACUUGAUUGAUAGUUUCGACCGUAUUUAUUCACCAUUGAGGAUACAGAAUGUAACUUAUGGUAAGUCGUGUGUAAAUGAAUACUAAUAAAUAUAUUUGUGAUGCAUUGUUUGGAA